GGCGCGGGGCUGGGGCCGCACCGGGGCUGUACCGGGACCCCCCGGGGCCCCUCAGCGAGGCUCGGCCUGUGCCGCACGUGGGGCUCGGGCCCGGCCGGUGUCCCGGAGCGCCGCUCGGCCGCGCCCAUGCCCGGCGAUUGGGCGGCCGACCCCUCCGGUUCGAUGCCGCCGCCGCCGCCGUCGCCGCCGGCAGCGGAGGCGGUGCCCGAGGCGGUGCUGGAGCAGUGGCGGCAGUACCACGAGAGCGAGCGGCAAUGGGCGCUGCGCCGCCGCUUCAUCCUCCGCCACCUCCGCGGGUACCCCGGAGCCGCCAUCGACCAGCUGCUGGCCCUCUCCGUCCUCUGGGUCAACCACGUCUUCCUGGGAUGCAGAUACGGCUCGCAGGUGAUGGAGAAGGUUCUCAAGAUGGCCGAAGGCAUCGACAUCGGGGAGAUGCGGACGUUCGAGCUCGUCCCUUGCAGGAAGCUGAAGAGGCAGCUCUCUCCUUCCGACAGUCCAGAGCCGGAAGAGGUUCCUGAGCCUCCCAAAAAGAUGGCCCCCAGGUUCCGGGUGCGACCGCGUUUUGAACCCAUCCACUUUGUGACCAGCGUGGAGAAGGACGACAAGAAGGAGGAUCCUCUGGAUAACCAAAUGCAGGAAGUGAACCAGGAGGCAAAUACAAACAGCGUGGCACAGCCGGCUGAGAACUGUACAAAUUCUCCCUUAGGGAACGCGCAGGAGGUGGAUCCCCAGCUCUCGAACUCAGCUGGGUUUGGCUUUGCAAGCCAGCCAGCAGCAGCCAAUAAGGCUGUGAAUAAUGCGGACGCUACCACAAGUGGCGUGUUGCAGGUUUCUGUUUCUCCUUCAGCUGUCCAGUCUGUGUCAGAGACUUUCCCUCCAUCAGCUAUAAUGCUGAAGCAGAGUUUUAUCGAGAAACUGUCAGCAGCUAUCUGGAAAAACCUUGCUAACCCAGAUGCAAACACCGGGACUGAAAAAAUUAACUAUACGUAUCUUCUGACGCGUUCAAUUCAGGCCUGCAAGACAAAUCCUGAAUAUAUUUAUGCUCCUCUGAAAGAAAUCGCUCCUGCCGACCUCCCGAAGAGUAAGAAGCUCCUAACGGAUGGCUUUGCCUGUGAAGUACGAUGUCAGAACGUCUACCUGACCACCGGUUACGCCGGCAGCAAAAAUGGAUCGCGGGACCGAGCCACGGAGCUGGCAGUCAGGCUGCUGCAGAAGUCUGUAGAAGUCAGGGUUGUUCAGCGCAAGUUCAAACACACCUACCACGAAGACCUGGUGGUGUGUGAGGCAGGCGUGAACCGCCCAGAUUUCCCUCCGGCUCUCAAACCUCAUGAGGAGUUCGUGGUGGCCAACAGGGACUGCGUCCCCAUGCAGCCUGGUUCUGAGUCUGUGAAAAAUUCCCCCAACACCAGCAAACACUGGACUAGUUUCGUCCUCACGGAGAACGCUAGCGAUGCAAUAGGAAUCCUUAACAAUUCUGCCUCAUAUAAUAAAAUGUCUGUUGAAUAUAAAUAUGACUUAAUGCCCAACCGCAUGUGGCGUUGUCGAGUGUAUCUACAAGAUCACUGCCUAGCCGAGGGGUUCGGCACCAAGAAGACCAGCAAGCACGCGGCAGCUGACGAGGCCUUGAAGAUUUUGCAGAAGACGCAGUCAAAUUUAACCGCCAUCAAAGUGACGCAGGUUCAGAAAGUGGGCUGCUCCUCGCGGGGUUCCGGAAGGAAGAAGGACCUGAAGGACCUGGUGGUUUACGAGAACUCGGAUAACCCGGUGUGCACGCUGAAUGACACCGCGCAGUUCAACAAGAUGACAGUUGAGUACGUCUUCGAAAGGAUGACUGGCAUGCGAUGGAAGUGCAAGGUGCUGCUCGAAAACGAAUUCAUCGCAGAAGCAGUCGGAGUGAAGAAAUCUGUCAAGCAUGAGGCAGCAGAGGAAGCCGUGAAAAUCCUCAAAAAGACUCAGCCGACUGUUGUUAAUAAUCUGAAGAAAGGCACCAUUGAAGAUGUCAUCUCGAGAAACGAGAUUCAGGGUCGGUCAGCAGAAGAGGCUUUCAAACAGAAGAUCAAAGAAGACAACAUUGGGAAUCAAAUUUUAAGAAAGAUGGGUUGGACAGGUGGUGGCCUAGGGAAAGACGGCGAAGGAAUCAGAGAGCCUAUUUCAGUGAAGGAGCAGUUUAAAAGGGAAGGACUGGGGCUUGAUGUGGAAAGGGUAAAUAAAAUCGCUAAAAGAGAUAUUGAACAGAUCAUUCGAAACUAUGCACGCUCAGAAAGUCACGUUGACUUGACGUUCUCUACAGAACUGACGAACGACGAGCGGAAGCAGAUACAUCAGAUUGCUCAAAAAUACGGUCUUAAGAGUAAAUCUCACGGGCAGGGCCACGAUAGGUACUUGGUGGUAAGCAGAAAGCGGCGCAAGGAGGAUCUCUUAGACCAGCUGAAGCAAGAAGGCCAGGUUGGGCAUUAUGAGCUCAUCAUGCCUCAGGCAAACUGAGGUUAGGUGUCCGACUUCACUGGUGGGAGUAGUGAUGAACUGAAACUUCCUAGACACUCGAUGAAAGAAAGAUGCUGCAUUUUCUUGUUGCGGGAUAUAUUAACAUUAAAAUCUUUUACCUUCCUCAUAUAAUUUCGGAAAUGUUACUAGACAAUUAGGACUGACCGAGUUCUGUUCAAGUGUAUUAGCACAGCCCCAAACCAGUAAUGCUAUUACUGUAUGUCUUUGAUAUUACUUGCUCCCUCACAUUUUAAUAGUUUUGUAAUAGCGAAAACACACGUCCAACCAUGAGGAAUUUGACACCAUUUAAAAUUAUAGUUCCCUUAUUCUUUCUGUCCAAGAAAGGAGGAAAAAAAGCUUUUUUUUUUUUU